AUGACACCGGCGCGAGGCAGAACGAAGGCGCGAUUCUGGGCAGGCGAUGAGGAAAUGGCCAAUAAGAAAGACGACGACCUUGGUGCCCCCGGCCAUCAUUAUCAACCCAGACCUGGUGCUCAUUGGCAAUCAACGCCCCGCGCUCCUCGUCGCAGCUCCAUCGGUCGCCUUAUCGCAUACCUUGUCUUCAUAUUGGUCCUCUUCUUCUUCGGCUACAACCUCUUCUCGUCAUCUUCGAGCCGUUCGACCGAUAAAUCAUCAGAUCGCCCGGUACAGUUAGGGCACAAGCAAGGCCAUGUCUAUUACAAAGGACCUCUCAAGUUCCCCGAGCUCGCGGAUACGUUGCGCAGUAUUCAAGGAACCGCAGGCAGUUAUGAACGAAACAGGAAUAUCCUCUUCACUGCCUCCAGCAUCAACAGCGCCAAUACUCUCCUACCAAUGGCUUGCAAGAUGGCGUCGCAAGAGAAGCACUAUGUUCAUUUUGCGCUUAUGGGUAGAGACGAGAUCUCAAUCAAGGAGCUUCUCCAAAUAAAUGGGAUCGACGAAAGUUGCAAGCUUUACAUUCAUGAUGCCCGCACUGACUUUGCCUCUACAUCAUCUGAGAUGAGACUGAGACUCGCUGCGCUUCGCGCAUUCUACUACAUAAAUAAUUUCAUGCAUCCUCAAGCGAUUAUUGUCGACUCUACUUUUGCUGAAGACGAUUACUUCCUUCAAGCAGCACGCGAUCAGAUUCGCGCGACGAGAUCCGCGCUUAUAGAAUUGCCAGAUAAGCCUGAAACUCGCCUUGCGUGGAUCGCAAAUUUGGACGCCAUGGCCUUGUCUGCCUGGAACAAGGUGCAUUUCGAUAUUCUAAUUCAAGCACCUCCUGUCGGUACUGCCAACUUGCAGAGACUUCUCACUUCUCUCAGCAAAGCCGACAAGAGCGCUAUAACCAUUCCUCAACUUACAGUCGAACUGCCGCCGGUGGUGGAGAAACCUUUGGCUGGUUUCCUUUCCAACUUCCAAUGGCCUUCUAAGGCUUCUGGCGCGCUACCGCAGUCGCAGAUGCUCACGCUCCGCCAUCGAAUUGCUUGGCGCAAGAUGGAUGAAGAGGAGAGUUCAGUUCGAUUUCUGGAAUCUUUCUGGCCAGGAAACCCAAGGCAAAGUCAUGUUCUUGUCUUAGCGCCUCAUACAGAGGUUUCACCUCAGUUCUUCAACUAUGUCAAAUACACUAUACUGCAUAGUCUGUACUCUCAUUCAUCAAUUCUCCAGGACUGGAACGAGAAUAUCAUGGGCAUCAGUUUUCAGUCUCCCAAGACACUCCUCGAUGAUACAACACCUUUGACUGUCCCAGUUGCCGAUGCCAAGGGCGAAAAGGAUGGCGCCAGCCCGUUCUUCUGGCAGGCUCCUACAAGCGACGCAGUUUUGUUCACCGGUGAAAAAUGGGUUGAGCUCCAUGGCUACGUUUCGCGCGUACUAGAAAAACAACAAACAAGAACCGAUACUCCAGCCUUCUUGGCCAAUAAGAGCACAAGUAAGAAGCAUCCGGCAUGGCUGGAGUAUGUACUUCAACUGUCGAAGCUUCGAGGAUACGUGACGCUCUACCCAAGACCAGAGACAGCGGCAACGAUAUUAGGUGCGCAUAGCGAUUUGCCUAAUACACCUGAGGAGUAUCUGGGCGAGGAGACUAGAAGUCAGGAGAAUGGGGAGGCGGACGAAGCAACAUCCAGGUUCGACCCUGCUUCUCCUAUUGAUAUGCUAGCGACAUUACCUCGUGAGGGCCAGUUGCUAUCGCUGGGAGAGCUACCACUCAUUUCUUGGAGUGGAAAGCCUACGACACUUGAAGAACUCGAGUCGACCUCAUUGGACCUUACAAAACAGUUCCGUCAAGAGGUCGGCGAAUGUCCGCCCACUGUUGUAGAUGAGGAGGACGAAUUUGGACGACCUCAGCGCAACUCAGACGCCAGCGAUCUUUUCUGCAAGAGCAAAGAUGCAGCCAAUGCAGAGACUGCGCCUGAAACCAAGGGCAGCGAAGAAACAUCAUAA